AUGGAUAGCUAUGUAUUGUUUGGGGAGUUACAAGUUGGCACCCCGAGGGUGUGCAUCUUUCAGAGAAUUGCAAUGCCUCCUAGAAUGAAUGUUGAAAAUCAGGGUGGCCAGGCAGGCAAUGUUCCCACCAAUGCCGAAUUAGCCCAAACUAUGCAGCAGCUGGCCCAGUUAACACAGGCUUUGCUCCAAAACAACCAGGGAAAUGGAAAUGAUAUGGUUAAAAUUGUAGCAGAACGAAACCCUCCUACCUUCUUGGGGCAAGAAGACCCUCUUGUGUUAGAAGAUUGGGUGCGGGCAUUCGAUAAGCUAUACGAUGCCGUCAACUGCCCAGCAGACCGACGAGUAGACAUAGCAGUUUAUUAUCUGCAGCAGCAGGCAGAUCUAUGGUGGGCUGCUGUUGGUCCAGCACUACAACAACGACCUGAUUUUGGUUGGGAAGCAUUCAAAGACGCUAUGAGAGAGAAGUUUUACCCUGAGCACAUUAGGGUGGCAAAGUACGAUGAGUUUCUGCACCUGCGACAGGGAAAUAAAACAGUUCAGGAGUAUUACUUAGAGUUUAUCAAUUUAGCCAGAUUUGCCCCCACCUUAGUUCCCGAUGAGCCUGGCAAGGCAAGCAAGUUCAUACGGGGACUCAACUUCGAGACUCAAAAGGGGUUGAGCAUGUUCAAUUGUCAGACAUUGGAGGAUGCAUAUAAUAUGGCAGCCCGCCAUUGUCGAGUCCAGCAGAUCCAGAGGGAGAUCAAUGGGAAUAACAAAAGAAGAAAUGAAGAGAAUCAUCAACAGGGGGAGAAGAAGCCCAAGUUUUCCCACUCAGGAUAG